UACUCUCACGGCAGCCUCGCCCCCUCCACCUGGGCGGAGCCGGAGCGGGAUCCGGGUGUCAGUGCUGGCAGCGGUGGCUGCGGGGCGGGGGUCGCGGCCGUGUGCGGGCUGCAGCGACUUCGUGGGCGGAUCUUGGUGUGUGAGGCGUGACCCGAGGUUCCACUCUUUCCCGUCAGGGUUCCAGGCCUCCCGUCCAAGCAGAUCCCACCAAGAUGGCGUCUGCUAGUGAGCCCCCUGCCAGCCCAAGGGAUGCAGCCGACCAGAACUUUGACUACAUGUUCAAACUGCUCUUGAUCGGGAAUAGCAGUGUGGGCAAGACCUCCUUCCUGUUCCGCUACGCUGACGAUUCCUUCACCCCUGCCUUCGUCAGCACAGUGGGCAUCGACUUCAAGGUCAAGACAGUCUAUCGACAUGACAAGAGGAUCAAGCUACAGAUUUGGGACACAGCAGGCCAGGAGCGCUACCGGACCAUCACCACAGCCUACUACCGUGGAGCCAUGGGCUUCCUGCUCAUGUAUGACAUUGCCAACCAGGAGUCCUUCACCGCUGUGCAGGACUGGGCUACACAGAUCAAAACCUACUCCUGGGACAAUGCCCAAGUCAUCCUUGUGGGGAACAAGUGUGACCUGGAAGAUGAACGUGUUGUACCUGCUGAGGAUGGUCGGAGGCUCGCUGAUGACCUUGGUUAUGAGUUCUUUGAGGCCAGCGCCAAGGAGAACAUCAAUGUGAAGCAGGUGUUUGAGCGCCUGGUGGACAUCAUCUGUGAGAAGAUGAAUGAGUCGCUGGAGCCCAGCACUAGCACUGGCAGCAAUGGAAAAGGCCCCGCCCUUGCGGAUACCCCACCCCCCCAGCCUAGCGGCUGCGGCUGCUAAGGGCGGCCCUUGACCUCCCCACACCUGUCCACUCCUGCCUUUUCAAGGACUGCAGCCAAGGUGUGAGCCACAGGGGCAGCCUCCAAGCUCAGGGCACUCCUUCCCUCCUGCCUACUCUCCCUUCUUCUCGCACGACCCCGUCUCUGUUUCUCUCCAUGUUGAUAUACUCAGGCGGUCCUGGUUAGAGCCUACACCACCAGGCUCUGCUCAGCACCGUCUGAGGGCGUGGGGCACCCAUGCAGGUGCUUACUGCUUCCCAAGGCUUUUCGAUGGGGGUGGCUUUAGGCAGCAUCACCUUCCGUGAGUGACGGAGGGACACUCCACGCCCUCUACCUUAGAACCACUUCCCAGCUGGAUGCUCUACUGUCCAUAUUGUUGGCCGAAGGCGUCCCCUGGUGUGGGUUGCUAUACAACUUAGCCCUGGCAGCCCCUUCAGCUCAGGCCCACCGGCUUGGCCUUGAACCUGCCUGUGAACUAACUGUUAGCCAAGGAUACAGGCAGGUCUGUAGUUUCUACCCUCUGCUUCCCUGGCAUCUACCUGGAAACCUGUUUUCUGGUUAUACAGAGACAGAGUCAGAGCCAUCCAUGGCAUUGGUGACUCUCCAAAGUGCCUUCCAAGCUUCCCCUGAAUCCACGCCACUCAGUGUGGGUUAACCCACUCCAUCCCAUCCAGAGCUAAAUUUUGGACCAAUCCAGGCUCCCUCACAUGGAGGUUGAGAAGUGCCCCACCUUUCGCUCCCCAGUUCUCCAUCAGUUCACCUCAGAGCCAGGGGUUGAGGCUGCCUGCCCAGGGCCCCGUCUGCCCGCCUGGCGGUGUUUUAAGCAAGAGCUUUGCACAUCUUACAUCCUGUGUAGAGAAGGAAGUGGAGAAACCAGCCCACAGAGGGUGUGCGCUUGGCGGUCAGUUUCUGACGACAGGAGUCCGGCUCUCCAUCUGAGGACUCUUGUAGAGAUUCAGUGUCAUCCCAGUCAUCAGUGGCCCAGGGACACUUGGGGUUGUGGGGAAGACCAGGGAGAAGUCCUCAGUGGGCACCCAAUGCUUUUGUUAGUAGCUCAUGGGAGCAGCAGGCACUUCAGUGAACUGGGAUGAGCUGUGGGGUUGUCAUUGAUGUCUCUACAACGUUUGGGACUUAACCCCUAGGAUCCCAGUUCUCUCCAACUAGGAGGUCCUUCCACCCACUAACCAAACUCCCCUGAACACCAUUUGAUCCCAUGACUCAGGUGACACUGCCCAGAUGGUCUGUGUUGUACAUCCCUGACUUUAUGUCAGGGGUGGAGUCUAGUACUUUAGUCCCAUAGCCAAAAUGACUUCUGCAGCCUUACCAAGCUCAGUUUCUUACUGGGGCACGCAUGAGCUAUGAGCCUGGCUUAGGCUCCAACAUACUUGUAGCCCUGCCCGCCACUGUCCUUAGGGCAUCUGGAUGAAACGGAGUGGAUAAAUCAUUCUAGCAAAGGGAGAGCAUCUGAACACUUGGAGGGAAGAGUCAAGUUUUUUAUGUUGCUUCAUCAUUAAAUUGUCAAAACGCUAAAAUUAA